CCUAUAAAACGCAGUGGUUGCAAAGAUUUGAUUUCCUCCGUCUCUCUCCCAUCGCUAAACACUUCCUCUGUUUCCGUUCAGAGAUUUCUUCUUCAUUUCGCCUUUCGAGGAGGGAAAGAGAGAUUCCUUUCUCUCUCUCUCUGCGAUCCUCUUCAACCCAUUGAAGCCUACACCCAUCGCAGAGAGAGAUCCUCCCUCCACACCACCAUUCUCACUCCAAUGGCGGUUUCUAGGUCGUCUUUUGGACUUUUGGCUGCCACUGCCCUCAUCUUUGCCAUCUUCUUGCCCGUUGCUCACCCACAUUCCUUGGCUCCCGCACCCGCUCCCACCAGCGAUGGGACAUCCAUAGAUCAAGGAAUAGCUUAUGUAUUGAUGAUGGUGGCAUUGGCGCUCACAUAUCUCAUCCACAACGCUGACUUAUAAAACAACGUCUAAAAGAUUUGUAUCAAAGCAUUUGUAGAACAUCUUUGAUCAAAGGGAGGGAAAGGAUUUUAGUUAGAAAUUAAUGCAGAUGGGGUUUUUGAGGGAAUUUGAUUGUUUUUUUUUUUUUUUCUGCACAUUGUAAUUCCUUUGGAACCCUCUUUCGAUCAAGGGAGAAGGGAAUCUAGUUAGAAAUGCAAAUGGGUUUUGAGGGAUUUUAUUACUAUUUAUUUUUUCUUUCAAAAGUAGUUCAUUUGGUUGUUUCUGUUUUUUGGUCUUUAUUUCUAAUGAUGAGUCUGUUUGUGUGGUCUCUUUGUAUUGCUAUGUACAGUGUCCUAAUUUGGAAUGAGAUUUGUUGGGGUUUCCCUAUUUUUCUUUA